CAGUGCCGGUUCAUCUCCACUGAUGGUGUGCAGAACAAGGGGGACUUAAAAAAAAAAAAACAACCCAACUCAAACCAACAAAAAUACAUCAAUAUAAUUUAAAAACCAAACAAAAAAAUCAUUCAGACGACCUUCAUCAUGAGCUACGACCCUCUCCUUUCCUCCCACUCCUCACGGCGAUGGGACAACAACCCUCACAUCUCGCUCCUUGUCCGGAUCCCUACCACCUUCUCCUCCAGACGGCCGGUAAAACUGGGCCCAAAAGAGCGCUUUGAGCGACUGGACCAUUACAGCCUGGCGCAAGCGAGUGUGGUGAGUACAGAGCUGCUGGAGUUGCGGGUACAAGAACGGGAGCAGCUGGUGGAGCUGAAUGAUCGUUUCGCCUCUUACAUUGAGAAAGUUCGUCACUUAGAACAGCAGAACCAGGUGCUGCUCCUGCAGCUGGAGGGACUGCGGCGUAAGCAGAGCAAGCCGUCCCGCCUGCAGCAGCUCUACGAGCAGCAGGCGCGUGGCCUCAGGGAGCAGCUGCACCAGGAGGCCCAAGACAAAGCACGUAUGGAAGCGCGGAGGGAGAAGCUGAGAGAGGUGCACGCUCAGAUGCGAGAACGUUGGCAGGAGGAGGGACGGAGGCGCGGGGAGGCGGAGGAGGCCCUGCAGCAGAUACGUGAAGAGGCGGGCAAAGCGGCUUUGUGGAGCUGCGACGCGGAGGCCUGCAUGGUCUCCCUGACACAGGAGCUGGCCUUCUUGAGGCAGGUGUUCGCGGAGGAGCAGGAAGGCUUACGGGCGCAGCUGCAGGUGGCCAGCCUGAGCGUGGAGUUUGACGUGAGCAGGCCAGAUCUCUCUGCCGCUCUCAGAGAGAUCCGUGCCCAGUACGAGAGCUUGGCGAGUCGCAACAGGCAAGUGGCAGAAACCUGGUACCGCGGGAAGGCCGCCACCGUGACGGAGCUGACCAGCAAGCAGGAGGAGGCGGUGCGUGUGGUACGGGAGGAGACGGCCGAGUAUCGGCGGCUGCUGCAGUCCCGCUCGGCGGAAGUGGAGGCGUUAAGAAAUGUUAUCGACUCGCUGAACGCGCAACUGGCCGAACUUGAGGAAACGCAGAGCGCUGAGGUCACUAAGUACCAGGUGAGGAUAAGUGACUUAGAGAGAGAUAUCAGUGAGGCAAAGGAGGAGAUGUCACGUUACCUGAGAGAGUAUCAGGACCUGCUGAAUGUCAAGAUGGCUCUGGACAUCGAGAUUGCAGCCUACAGGAAAUUGUUGGAGGGGGAGGAGAUUCGACUGACUUAUUCCGCCCUUCCCACCCUCGCCUAA